CCAUGGCUGGUCCUCGCGCACCCAUCGGAACCCUUUCCCAGCACGCCGCCAACGCCGCUGCCCUUGCCCGCAACACCUCCACCAACGUCUUUUCCCAGCAAAAAUCACAACUCAAGUCCAAAAAGGGCAAGCAAGAAGAGAGCGACAGCGAUUCAGACAGCUCCUCCAGCAGUGACGACAGCGGUAGCGACAGCGAUUCCGAAACAAAGCCCGAACCCACCGCCGACUGGGCCAGCAAUCUGAAGAAGACGAACAUGGCGCAAACAAAAGCCACCAAGGCCGCCGCCUCGCCUGCCCCUAAAAAGGCCAAGGUAGAACCCGUCAAGGCCAAGCCAGUAGCCACCAAGAAGGAGGAGUCCGAGUCCUCGUCCGAAUCCGAGUCCGAGUCCGAGUCUGAAUCGGAGGUCGAGGACAAGAAGAAGCCUGUCAAGAAGGCGGAAGAAAAGAAGCCAGCGGCGCCAGCGGUGAAGAAGGCAGCCAAGAAGGACGAGAGCAGCAGCGAGUCUAGCAGCGAAGAAGAGAGUGGAAGUGGGUCGGACGAAAGCAGCAGCGACGAGGAGGAAGAGACCAAGCCUGCGCCCAAGGCUACACCAAAGACUGCGCCCGCAAAGACCAAGCAGCAGACUGCCAAGCAACCCACACCCUCCUCAUCAGAGGAUUCAGAGGAAGGAACAAGCUCAGAGAGCGAGAGCGAUGAGGAGCCGGCACCAAAAGCCAACACUAGCGCCAAACUUGCAAAGCCCGCCAGCAAGACCCCCGAGGCCAAGCCAGUGGUCAAUGGUACCUCAAAGUCCAACGAGACCGUGAGCAAGUCCGACGACGAGUCAUCGUCUGAGGAAGAGGAGGAGGAGUCAGGUUCCGAGGAAGAGUCGUCUUCCGACGAGGAGAUGGCCGAUGCUCCCCAGCCCAAGGCGGCCCCUAAAAAGACUUCGGGUCCUCAACUGCCCCAGGUGAUCGCACCAAACUUCCACAUGCGCAAGGCCGAUGCCAACGCCGACGCCAAGGACGUCGCACGAACAUUUCAAAAGGCCCAAAGCGAGGGCAAGCAAAUCUGGUACUUCACCGCCCCGGCCUCGAUCCCCAUCGAAGUGAUCCAGGAGCACGCGCUCCCUCUCAGCAAGAUCCAGUCCGGCGAGCCCAUCAUCACCCACAACGGCGCCGAGUAUAACGCCACCCUGGAAGAGGGCACCACCCUCCACUCCAUCCAGGUCCUCCUCCCCACCGAGUCCGGCGACAAGUACGAGCUCAUGAAGCAGCCCAUCGCCCAGGCGCUGCACAUCAAGCGCGUUACCCGCCUCAACCCCGCGGCCGCCGCCACCGCUGCCGUCUCCGCUCCCGCUACUGGCAAUGCCCCUCGCCCUCAGCCCGCGGGUCUCAAGGCGCGAUUCCACCCCAUUGGCGCCUCCGCGGCUGUUCCCAUGGGCAAGAUCGGCGCUGAUGCCGUCGGUGAAGCUGCUGAUUCCGACGUCGACAUGGCUGAGGCUGCCCCUGCUAAAUCGUCCAAGAAGCGCAAGAACGAGACUGUUUCCGAGGACGCUCCCACCAAGAAGACAAAGAAGACUAAGGAACCCAAGGAGACCAAGACUUCCUCCAAGAAGGCCAAGUCUGAGACGCCUAUUGCUCCCCCCGCUGUUCCCGCUGCUGCUGCGGCCAAGAAGACGUCCGUUACUCCCAAGAAGAUCACGCCCAUUCUGCCUCCUUCUAUUCCCCAGUCGAAGAGCUCUUAG